GAAUCAGUGUAUUUUCUUUUAUCUCAACACCGCUAUCUGUGAAUUUCGCCAAUGGCAUCUGUCGUCGCGAAGGACAAGGAGAACGCCGAGGAGCAGCCUCGCCGCCAGCCCACGUUCCACGAGGGCAACUACGAGAUCAACUACAUCGCCGUUGCUGUUCUUACGCUGCCGAUUCUCGGUGUCAUCAUCGCGGCGUGCAUGGGCAUCUCGCUGCAGUGGAAGACGUUUCUCGUGGGAUUCUUCUUCUACUGGUUUAACGGCUGCCUCGGUAUCACUGUGGGCUAUCACCGUCUCUUCUCUCACCGCUCCUUCACGGCCUCCGUCGGCUUCCAGUGGCUGUGCGCCUUCGCCGGUGCCGGUGCCUUCGAGGGCUCGGCCAAGUGGUGGGGCCGCAACCACCGCAUCCACCACCGCUACGUGGACACGGAGAAGGACCCCUACAACGCCUUGCGCGGGUUCAUGUUCUCGCACAUGGGUUGGAUGAUCAUGAAGCAGGACUACUCUCUCCUCGGCAAGGUGGACGUGUCAGACUUCAAGUACAACAGCGUGAUUCAGAUCCAGCACAAGCACUUUUUCAAAAUCGCGAUGCUCUCCGGUGUGAUCCUGCCCACCGUGAUCUGUGGUCUGGGCUGGGGCGACUGGUUCGGCGGGUACUUCUACGCCGCACUCGCCAAGAUCGUGUUUGUGCACCACUGCACCUUCUUCAUCAACAGUCUGGCGCACACCAGCCUCUUCGGUGCCGUGCAGAACUACUCGGACCGCCAUUCGUCCCGUGACUCCGUCGUGUGCGCGCUCUUCACCUUUGGCGAGGGCUACCACAACUACCACCACGAGUUCGCCCAGGACUACCGCAACGGCAUCAAGUGGUACCACUACGACCCGACCAAGCUGGUCAUCCGCGCCGCGUCGUUCCUUGGCUUCGUCAAGAACCUCGUCCGCACGCCGAACGACAUCAUUGACGCAAACUUCAACAAGGUGCUCCUCAAGAGGGCGAAGAAGACGAUGGAGCAGGCGCAGCAGCGUCUCGACCAGCUCGACAUCCCGGUGGCGGCGGAGUGGACGUGGGAGAAGGUCCAGAACGAGGUGGCAAAGGGCCGCAAGCUGAUGGUCGUCAACAACGACGUGAUCGACGUGAUGCGCAGCAUUCCCACCGGAUCGGGCUACACGCACAGCAGCAAGGACAUCGUCUGGUACUCGAACCACCCCGGUGGCCAACGCAUUCUCGACAUGUUCGUCGGCAAAGACGCGACGUCCGCCUUCAGCGGCGGCGUGUACGGCCACUCGUGCGGUGCUGAGGCCCACCUCCAGCACCUGCGCGUUGCCACGCUCAAGGCAGCCACCGCCUGA